AUGGCGAGGCGCAAGAAAGCAAUUCAGAAGCCUGAUUCAAGGUCAUCUGAGACUGUGAUUUCUUCUUCUACGGUGCUGAGUGAUGCGGGUUUGCAGCACAAGGAAUUGGCGUGUGAGAAUUUGGUGGAGGAAGUUUUUGCCGAUACUUUUGCUGAAUUUCCAGUGAUUCAUGAAGGUGAAGGUCAUGGUUCUGAUCAGGGCGGAGCUAGGUUGACUUAUGAGGAGUCGUUACUUCGGGAGGGGAAACUGAUUGCGCAGGUACAUCUGGAGGAGAUUGAGGUGGAGGCUUCAUUCUGGAAUUCGACUUUGGUCUGUAUUGUUCUUGGAGCCAACCCACUGAUUACAAUUUUUGAAGGGUUCAUUAGAAGACUGUGGGGCAAACUAGGCAUUGAACGGGUUGCUAGAAUGAAUGCAGGAUAUACAAUUGUGAAGUUUCGGGAUGAAGCUACUCGUGAUUUGGUUUUAGAAUCUGGAGUGGUUCACUUUGAUAGGAAGGCUGUCAUUUUGAGGCCUUGGUCGACUGAUUUAGAUACUUUGAGGUUAGUGAAAUUGGUAUCUGUCUGGAUUAGAUUACCUAAUUUGGGGCUUCAAUAUUGGGGUACUAAAUGUUUGAGUGCUCUUGUUAGUACCAUUGGUAGACCUAUGAUGAUAGAUAAGAUUACUAAAGACAGAUCUAUGGUGAAGUUUCCUAGAGUGCUGGUGGAUAUUGAAAUAGCUGAGCAGUUACCUCACACUAUAAGCUUUAUGAAUGAAUGUGGACAAUUGAUGGAGCAGACUAUUGAAUAUGAAUGGUUGCCUACUAGAUGUUCGACUUGUAAAAACUUAGGCCAUAUUGCCUCAGGUUGUAAGAGGGAACAAAUAUCUGUUUGGAGGGCAAAGGUGGAGAAACCAUAUUUAGUGGAGGUGGAGGAGGCAGGUUUGAUAUCCCAGCCUGCUCAAGUGAAGGAGAACAGUUGCUCUUCCGCUGGUCCGAAACAGGUUUGGACUACACCUAAACGGGUGACUGUUUCUAAACAGGUGAUUGCUGACUCUCAGCCUAGGAAGAAUAAUCAAUAUAGUGAUAUUGCUAAAGUGAAGGUUCUCUGGGCUGAGGAUCAACUCAUUCAUUGUUGUGUGAAGAUCAUGGGGGUUCCUCAGGAGUUCUUUUUGACAAUAAUUUAUGGUCGAAAUUCGAUUGAGGAAAGGAAGAGACUUUGGCAGGCUUUGUAUUCUCUGUUAUUUCCUGUCCAACCUUGGUUAGUGGUUGGGGAUUUUAAUGCAGUGUUUGAAUUUGAUGAUAGAGUUGGAGGGCAACCUGUUAUGGAAUUGGAAAUGGAAGAUGCUCGUAAUUGGAGGGCUAAUAGUUUGAUGACUGAGAUGGGUAGGGUUGGUGCCCACUAUACUUGGUCUAACAAGCAGGUUAUGGGGGUUAAACCUUUCAAAUUCUUUAACAUGUGGGCUAAUCAUGUGGAUUUCAGAGAAACUGUUCUUAAUAGUUGGUCUGUGCAGGUUACUGGUACUGGUCUUAGGGGUAUUUUACAGAAACUGACCAGAUUGAAGGCUAUUUUAUAUCAGUUCAAUAAACUGAAAGUGGGAGAUGUCACUGUUCAGUAUUCGAAGGCCAAGGAAAAAUUUCAGCAAGCUCAAUUUAAGCUCCAGCAGGAUCCCUUAUCACCUGUUUUUCAGCAAGCUGAACAAGAUGCAUGCCUAGAAUUUUCUCAUCAUUCCAAAAUGUAUGAGAGUUUUCUCAGACAAAGGAGUAAGAACAUUUGGCUUAGAUUUGGAGAUGAAAAUACAUCCUAUUUUCAUGCUAGUCUAAAGCAUCGGACAGUUUGUAAUAGAAUCACUUCUUUCUUGGAUGAUCAUGGUCAGAUUAUUGAUUGUUAUGAAGAUGUAGUAGCUCAUUUUAUUAAUCAUUUUAAGGGAUUUAUGGGUAAUCCUAGAUCAGCUACCACUCAGAUUCAGCAAGAGUGUUUUCAACAUGGUUCUAUUCUGAAUUUAGAUCAGCAGCUCAGUUUAGUUGAACUGUUCACCAAGAGGGAUGUGAAAGUGGCUAUGUUUAGUAUUCACUCUGUUAAAAGUCCUGGUCCUGAUGGGUUUGGCUCAGGUUUUUUCAAAUCUAUGUGGAAGGAUUUAGGGGAUGAGUUAUCCAAUGCCAUCUUGAAUUUCUUUGCUACUGGUCGUCUACGUCCAGCACUUAACAGGUCUAUUAUUGCCCUUAUUCCUAAGGUUGAGUCUCCUUCCACAACUGUUGAUUACAGACCAAUUGCUUGUUGUAACACUUUAUAUAAGUAUAUUUCAAAAAUGUUAUGUGUGAGAUUGGCCAAAGUUCUUCCUCCGCUUGUUCAUCAGAACCAAGGGGCGUUUAUUCAGCAUAGAUCUUUAGCGCACAAUAUUUUCAUUCUUCAAGAUCUUCUCAAGGGCUAUUCUAGGACUACUAUUUCAUCUUGA